AUGGUAAAGUUCAAGAGUCGUUAUAUCCUUUUGGAGAUGGAGAAUUUCUCUGAAAAUAAAUUAUCCUUGACUCGCGCAGCCUUAUUUACAACUAUAGCGGAAACUGUCGGAGAUUUUCAUGGUGAUCGAGGAUUUGCUUGGGUCAGAGCUGGACUUGUGGUAAAAGUUAUUGAUGGAGACAUUGCAUUGGUUCGGGUGGAGUCGUCAAGCGAAAAAUUUGUAACCAGUGUUAUACCAUUCAUCACCAACAUAAAUGGAACUGAGCUCAUCCUUCGAACCCUCUUCAUCGGUUUCCAGGCCGGAGCAUCAGAGCUUGUGAAAAAUUCCUUAUCAAAUAUCGACGAAAGGAACUUUAUGGUCUUUUGAGAACAGCUGAGACAGGAGUUGAGAAGAAUGCGAUACUGAAAGUUGUGAAUUCCGUUACCGGGAAGUUGGAGUGAAUGCAAUGUUUUGUUCUCCACGCUGUAUAUAAACCAUGUUGUCUGUUCUUGUUAGGCUGAAG